GUAAGCAAGCCAAACGGCCCAAUAAAAAUGUUUCAUUCGCAGACAUGGGUGGUUCUAGUAGAAAAGAUAAAACCAGUGCGCUACGUUGCUUAAACCCUAGAAAGAGUUCGAGUUCGACCCUCUCGACUGAUUCGAUUUCAGAGGAGGAAGAGAGAAAGGGAAAUUCGAAGUAUCAUCAAUGUCAGACAACGAUUCCGACGCCCCUGAGGAAUUCACAACCGAACAGGGUCUUCAACAAGACGAAGAAAUUCAAAGGAUUCAAAGAGAAAAUAAGGCCAGGGUUGUUCGUGAAGGAAAAGAGCGUCGGAGGAGAUGGGCCGAAAAGCUAACUCCUCGACCAUCCAAAGCAGAUGAAAAAUCUCAAGAGGAAUCAGCUUCUGAACCUCAGCAAGAAUCUAAUACAGCUGCAGGAUUUCUUCCCGAUAGCAUUGUCCAAAUGCUUGCAGCUCGCGAGAAACAAGUUUUCUUAACUGACACGAAUGAGGAGAAAGAUGAUAUAAAGCCUACCACUUCAAGGAAGAGAAAAUCAAGGAAGUCAGGUUUGCAACCUGUUAUUUUGAGCGAAAUAGGUCCUCCUAAAUGCUCACAAAAUGCCUUAGAAUUCUUGAAGGAAAAGCAAAUGGCAGUUCAAAGAUCAUCUUCUGUUUUGAACAAUUCUAAGCAAGCAUUGCGUCUCCUUUCUAGUUCAGGGGUACUUCGCCGGAAAUGAGGGUUUUUUUUAAAAAAAAUUAUUUAUAAACAUUUUGUUUUUUACCAAGUGAGGUUAGUGUUGCAACAGUUAUUUUUAACCUGUCAUCGUUGGUGCUGCUGUUGGUCUACUGUAAUGAACUGUAACCUAAAGAUAUCCUAAUGCUUUGUUUCAAUUGUUAGCAUUAGAAGUGAAAUGAAGUACAGAGAAGAAAUAGCAAGGAAAAAAUGAAAGAGAAUUGAAGUAGAAUAAAUAUGUUAUCUAAAUGAAUUGAAAUAAAAAGAAAAAAGUGAAGGAUUUUUUCCUGCUUA